AUGGACUACUACUCCAAAUUUAUUGAAGUGGAUCCUCUACAUGAUCUUUCAAGUUCUGCAACGGUCGAUGCCGUCAAGUCACAGUUCAGUCGUCAUGACAUCCCAGAGAAGUUGAAAACUGACAAUGGACCUCAGUUCUCAUCCCGCGAGUUCUCAAUGUUCUGUGAAGAUUACCAAAUCGAACAUACUACGUCUUCUCCACACUAUCCACAAUCAAACGGUGAAGCUGUGAGAGGAGUUAAAAUAGUGAAAAGACUAUGGGAGAAAACUCCAGACAAACAUCUAGCACUGCUAGACUCCCGUACAACACUCUUAGCCAGUUGUGACUUAUCACCAGCUCAACUGUUGAUGAGUCGUAGACCAAGAAACAAAGUUCCAACAGCUCGAUAA